GUGAUCUGGGGCUAAACGCAAAAAGACUAGGACUGCAGGACACUGGGAACUCUGUUAAGCAUCCCAUCUUCCUUCCAGCAUCAGCACUUCAUCCCCACAAUGCUCAACACCACUCUGAAUCCCGCCACCAACCUCUACGUAAACUCUACCAUCCCUGGUGGCCCCCGUGAACCUCCACCAUGGUACCAAUUCCCAGUAUGUGCCGUGGCCCCGUACGGCUUCAUUUUCUACUUUGGGGUCAAGGUGUUUAACCUGGCAGUGGGAACACCCUGUAACGCCCUGGUCAUCUGGCAGAUUGCAACCAGGAAAAGUGAUGCGUCCACCUCUGACAUUUUCAUCUUCAACCUGGCCAUCUUAGAUGCCUACUUCUGCCUAAUGACGCCCAUAGAGAUGGUUAACCGCCUGCUGCUAGAUGACAGUCGCAUUUGGUACUCGCAGAGGUUCGCCUACGGGAUUAAGGAUGUAGCGCCACUCUUUCUGGUGUGUAUCUGUCUAGACCGCUACAUGGCCGUGGUCCACCCAGUACUGUUCACUGGUAUCCGAGACAAUAAGAUCCGCAUUGGAAUUUCAGUGGUGGUCUGGGGCCUCAUCCUGGCUUACGGCCUCACCAAGUGCACCCUGGGAGUCAUGAGCGUCAAUGAGGUCUUCAGCGGUGUCAUCCUCUUUGCCUUUGCAGUCAUGGUCUUCUGCAACAUUUCCGUCAUCUGGGUCCUUAGACGUUCCGUGGCAGGAAAGGAGCAGAUGCACCCGGUGAAGAAGAAGGCCUUCAAGAUGGUCCUGAUCAUCCUCGCCAUCAUUGUGGCCAACUACCUGCCGCCAGUGGCUCUCAUGCCCUUCGUGUCGUACUACUCGUUCGUGGCGUUCCGCUGCCAGAUCAGCAUCAGCGUGUUCUCCAUCAUGGAUCUGAGCUGCAGCCUUGAGCCUCUCCUCUACAUCACCAAGAUGGAGCGCGUGGACGGCAGGUGCUGUGGGCGGAGCUUCUCUAAGAAGCCGCAAGAUGUCAAGGUGUGAUCAAGUGUGAAGAUGCAUAAAGUUUAGGUAUUACCUACAACCUUUCUAUGUUUCACAGUUCGCCAGGCAAUCCAAGAGAAGUUUUUUUCCCCCUUAAGAUACGUUAUUGCUGUCUGCACUUACACCUGCAACCAGCGGGGCAUUAUAGGAAACAGAGGAAACCACUGACACCAAUAGAAAUAGAGUAACGUAAGGUGGCUAGUCCAAAAUCAAUCAUUUGAACUGAGGUAGAUUAUUCCUGUAACAGGUGAGUUGGCUCUCUACAUCUUCUGUGACAACCGGUAUUAGAAACCCUUCUCAUUAACACAUACACCUCUUUUGGUUUGGCCUGGGGCAGAAACUAGUUUACAGAGCACUGGCUGAGCACUUAGCCAGUCAUUAAUUAAGCCCCCUAAUCAGAGCACUGUGGGACCAAUUAGCAUGUGUAAGUGGUUAACAAACUAAAUAUGUAACACAGUGUAAUCAAUAAAGCAACACAAACAGGCAGUGUAAUGACUGUAUUACAUCAUUUAAGCAACAAAUCCCCUAAUAAGAGUUCUUUGAGAGUUGAAAACUGCUGAAUAUAAUUUAAACUCUCAAAAUUAAUAAACAAUUAAAAAUUAUACUGUAA